AUGCAAGCAGCGUGCGAGAAGCGUUCAGAAGAGAUUCAAAGCAUUCGAGUUGCUAAGCUAGAUAUGCAAGCAGCAUGCGAGAAGCAUUCAGAAGAGAUUCAGAGCAUUCGAGUUGCUAAGCUAGAGCAAACAGCAAGCAAGCAUUGCUAA